GGAGCAUAUUAUCGGGGUUCUGUCGUCAUGAUUGUGUACAGUAUUGAGGCAUCUAUAAACGGGACGAUGUGCACUAUCAGACUCUUGUACUCAGGAUGGUAUCUACAAAAAUAUUGGGGAUCGCAAUCAGGAUUGUGUACUGUAUCAAGUUUAGUAAUUUGGAUUGUGUACAUUACGGGGUUCUGUAAUCAGGAAUGUGCCCAGUAUUAAAUUACGGUAAUCAGAGUGCUGUACAGUAUCAGGAUUCGGUAUUGGGAUGGGGUAGACUAUUGGCGUUCUGUAAUUGGAAUUUGUAAAAUGCCAGGGUUCCUUAAUCAGGAUUUCAAAGUUUGCAUGUGAUUUAAAUCGGGGUCCUGUGCUUCUUGCAGGACCCUUCCUGAUUCUGAUGAUCUGACCCAACAACAGCUGGCGCUAAGCGGCAGGAAGGGAUCACCCCGAGCUCCCAGCUGCAAAAGGAUGUGUGAACGUGAGAAUUCUGAAAGGGAUUAGUGAUCAGGAUUCAUGAACAUUUCUACUCAGAAGUGUGUGGGAAGCCGAGAAUAAAACCAUCAUCAAUCCAACCUAAAAUAGCACAGGGCAGAGCUGUAUCAAAAGGAGCCUUACCAUGGAUCACAAUGUUGUCGAAAACUGGCAUUCCUUUCUGUGGUGGGUCAUUAAUUGGGCAGAAGUGGAUCAUAACUGCAGCCCAUUGUCUUCAUCCUCCAUAUGACCCUGACAAUCCAAAUCUGAGCAACUUCCAACACAUUAACGUCACAUCGUUUAAAGUUAUUUUAGAUGAUAUGGUGAUAGUCAGUGGAUGGGGAAAACAGUUCCUGCAUUCAAUUCCCGAAACUCUGAUGGAGAUUGAGAUUCCUAUUGUGGACCAUGACAAAUGCAAGAAUGUUUACUCUCAGCUUGGGAGACAAGUGACAGAUGAUAUGAUCUGUGCAGGUCUGAAGCAAGGUGGGAGUGAUGCUUGCCAAGGAGAUUCUGGGGGCCCAAUGGUGGCGCUGGACAAUGAAACAAAUCGCUGGUUCCUGGUAGGGACAGUCUCGUGGGGAGAUGGCUGUGGAGAGGACAACAGAUAUGGAGUUUAUUCUGAUGUCAGGAAAAGCCUGGAGUGGAUCCACAACGUAACAAAAGUCAAGAACUUUUGAUAAAUUUUAGGGACUGAGAACCUCAAAAAUAUCAAGUUGUUUUCAAUCAUUUUUACUGCAACUUUGAAUGAGUAUUCUGUAGAACAAUCUAUUGUAAAUAUUUCAUGC